AUGUCCGUCAAAGAGUGCACCCACCACAAAAACAAGAGCAAAAAACUCUUCCGGAAACUCUUCGCCGGAUUCCUCAUCCUCGCCUUCAUCGUCCUCCUCACUUUCCUCAUCACAUGGGCAAUCCUUCAACCCCGAAAACCCAGAUUCACUCUCCAAGACGCCACCAUCUACUCCUUCAAUGUCUCCGCCCCUAUCCUCCUCUCCUCCAACUUUCAGGUCACCAUCUCCUCCCAUAACCCCAACGACAGAAUCGGUGUUUACUACGAUAAACUCGACGUCUUCGCGUCUUACAAAAACCAGCAAAUCACUUACUUCACCGCCAUCCAGCCGGUGUACCAGGGCCAUAAAGACAACAACGUCUGGUCGCCGUUUGUGUACGGAACCAACGUCCCGGUGGCGCCGUACAACGGCGCGUCGUUGACUCAGGAUCAAUCCAAUGGUCAGAUAUCGUUGAUUAUUAAGAUCAACGGAAGGGUGAGAUGGAGAGUUGGGAGGUUUAUCUCCGGGAGGUAUCACAUCCACGUUAGUUGUCCGGCGUAUAUUCCGUUCGGGAACAAGUUGAAUUCGGCGAUUCCGGGGAUUGUCGUCGGCACCGGAAUUAAGUACCAGUUGGCGAACAGAUGCAGUGUGAAUGUGUGA